AUGUUCGGCGCAUCCUCAACACAGAGCGCCUUCCGGGCUGCGUUAAGCAGGCCAUGGCUGCCCCUACGCCAGAGCGCCGUUUUCCAGCAAAGAGCGCUGUCGACGACGAGGCCACAAUAUCUGAAGCAAGUUAUUACCUUCUCAGAGAAGACCUCGUCGCCCGAACUGAAGAACCUUAUUCAAGAGUUCAACCAGAGGAUUGUCAUGCCGACAUACCUCCCUCCCGAGCAGCAAAAGAAGAUCUACCGUGAGAAGUUUAAGGUUGAGCUCGAAAACGAUCCUAUUACUAUCGAGAUCGACGGUGUGGUGCACAAGUUCCGCUAUGUCGACCGUUUCACCCUGCCGCAUGUCAAGAAGCUGGUUACCGAUAUCCUCAGGCUCAUGAAGGAGCCCCAGGACUUCCUUAACCUGCCGCCCUUGCUGGAAGGCUGCAAGCGGGCGCACCGCAAGCUGCCAGACCAUUUCCAUCUCAAGAUGGUGCGCAUGGCGGCGCAGGCGAAGAUGUUGCCUGUUAUCCUGGACAUGUUCUUGCAGGCCGACAAGACGGGCUUCCUGCUGGACAACUCGGAGCUCCUCAACGAGGUGCUAGUGUGGAUUCAGAAUGUGGCGAUCGAGAGCGGCUGGCAAAAGGCUGAGAUUAAGCGUGCCCUGGAGCGUGUGAAGCUCAUCAUCAACGAGAUUGAGGCCGACGAGCUUCAUCACCCUACGGACGCCAAGCGGUGCCUGCGCAUGUUUCAUCGCGAUCCUCAAGUGCUUGCGGCGCGGCUGCACAUGGCUGCGGCGCUGGCUGUGCACCAUAGGGGUAGCAAGGACGUCGACGGCAAGGUAACCAAGUGGGCAGAGGAGAUUGUUGAACUGUGGCCGGAGAACACAGGGCUGCUCAACAUGCAGCCCGAGGAGAACUACCUGGAUGACAACAAGCUCAAGUACCUGCUGCUCCCGAACCAAUUCCUGUUCUACGCGUCGCCCAUUCUGAGCGGUCUAGUUAUGGCCACCCAGGUGGUGGAGGAUCCGGCGCUUCAAAUGCAGCUGCAGAACCGUGCUGAUGCAGUUGAGGCUGAAAUCAGGUUGGCGUUGCAGAAAAUGGAGGAGGAGGGUAAGACUGGGAGGGGUCUGACUAUGUACAAUAAGCUGUUUGCCCGGGAUGAGAGCGAAGAGGGAGCGAAGGAUGAGUCUGAAUGGUAA